AUGAUGGAGACAUUUCUUGUCCUGGGCCUGUGUUUUAUCCUGUACGAAGCAUUGGAUUUCUUUCAAGGCUGCAUACACAGCAACACGCCCUCACCGAGCGACCAGAUCGAAGCCUAUCGCCGCGAACUUGACGAACAACGCCAACAGCAACAGCAGGAGCAGUUUCUAGCGAAUUUUACGCCCCUGUUGGGCGCUCAAUUUGCUGCCGCCGCCGCGGCAGCCGCUGCAGGCUCAAGCUCAUCACUAACCUCAACCACGCCCACCGCCUCUACAGCGAGCGUCAUCAGCGACUCAUACGAACAGCAUUCCCAGUCGCAAUCGCAAUCCCAAACCACUUCCUACUCUCAACAGCAGCCGCACUCGCUGAGUACACCCGGACUGUUUCGGACCGCGCUCGGUGGCUAUCAGAGCUGCUACGAUCCCGAGGAUCCGCUGCAUGCCACCUCUUCGCUGCCACGCGACUACUACUACCUGCAACAGCAGCAGCUGAAGAAUAAGGCCUCCAGCAAAUCGCUGCUCUCGAAGUUCUCCUCCACAAAUUCCGACAAUCGCAUCUAUCCGGAAGCGGCGCACGGUGUACUUGGCCUUCCCGCAUCGGCAGUGAUCACCACACAGCCACUUCCCGUCGGAGAGGCGGCCAGUCUAUUCGACUGUCAGCCUCCGGCGCCGCUUGUGCCCGCAUCGCCGUUGAUCGUCGAGCUUAAGCGUGCCAUCAUCAGCAGCAGUCAGUCGAGAGCGCAGACGCAUUCACAGCAGCGCGCAAGCAGCAGCAGCAGUAGCGGUUGCGACGUUGACAUCGAGGACGACGACGAGGCGCCAGAGGACGACGACGUCUGCUGCGGCUCCGAUUCGAACUCCAAUUCCGACUCGUUCGCCUGUCCCGCCUCGAGUGAGCCCAACAUUUGCACAGCCAGUCGGAACAGUCGGCAUAACUACGCCCACUUGCGCGCAAACGCACAAUUGCCGCGCAUACAUCACAUAGCGAUUGACGAUAUUGGCAUCGGCGGCAUUAGUGGACGACAGGAGAGUACUGGAGGUGGCAGCGAGCUAUCAGGCGGUAUAUCCUUGGCAGCGAACUCGCACGCGGACAUACGUGAAAUCGAGUGCGAGCGUCUGCGACGCAAGUGCGUGAGCGUAAAACGCAUUUAUAGCAUAUCGGAAAAAUUUUAA